AUGAAAGACGUACUAAUUGUAUCACAGAGAAAACUGUCCAAAGCUUUAUUGAAGCAAGGAAACACAGCUGGCAAAUCAUCUAUCACAGUCACAGCUGAAGAGCUGUCUGGGAAUGAUGAUUACGUGGAGCUUGCCUUCAGUGCCAAGAAACUGGAUGACAAGGACUUUUUUAGCAAGUCGGAUCCAUUUCUGGAAAUCUUCAGAGUGAAUGAUGAUGGCACAGCAUCACUGGUGCACAGAACAGAGACCAUUAUGAACAAUCUGAGUCCUGUCUGGAAAUCAUUCAAAGUUUCUUUAAACACACUCUGCAGUGGAGACCAUGAGCGGGAGUUAAAGUGUACAGUAUGGGACUGGGAUUCAAAUGGCAAGCACGACUUUAUAGGAGAAUUUCAAACCACCUUUAAGGAGAUGAAGGCGGCGAUGGAUGGGAAGCAGGCAUCAUCACAAGAGAAACUACAAACUGAUCUUGGCCAAAAGAUCCAGUGGGAGUGUAUUAACCCUAAGUACCAAGUGAAGAAGAAGAAUUACAGAAAUUCUGGAAUGGUAAUUCUUACCAUGUGCAAGAUCAUAAAGAUGCACUCUUUCCUGGAUUACAUCAUGGGAGGAUGUCAGAUUCAGUUCACAGUGGCUAUUGAUUUCACUGCCUCAAAUGGUGACCCUCGAAACAGCUGCUCCCUCCACUACAUCCACCCUUACCAGCCCAAUGAGUACCUCAAAGCGCUGAUCGCUGUUGGGGAGAUCUGCCAGGACUACGAUAGCGACAAAAUGUUUCCCGCUUUUGGCUUUGGAGCCCAAAUCCCACCAGAAAAUAUUUAUUACGAAUACUUUAUACUGCUAAUCCUGACGGAUGGAGUGAUCACAGAUAUGGCGGAUACACGAGAGGCCAUCGUCCACGCAUCCCACCUGCCCAUGUCCGUCAUCAUUGUCGGCAUAGGCAACGCAGAUUUCAGCGACAUGCAGAUGCUGGACGGUGAUGAUGGAAUCCUCCGCUCUCCUAAAGGAGAACCUGUCCUGAGGGACAUCGUGCAGUUUGUGCCCUUCCACAACUUCAAACAUGCCUCUCCUGCAGCGCUGGCUAAAAGUGUGCUGGCUGAGGUUCCCAAUCAAGUGGUGGAUUACUACAAUGGAAAAGGCAUCAAGCCCAAAUGCAUGUCGGAUUUUGAGUCUUCCAGAGCGUUCAGUCCCUGAGCUACGCACAGCCAUAUUCGUCUCAGCUUCAAGAUAUCUUCAUUGAUCAUUUCAGAGCUUGCUGCAUUAGUGUAAGCAUCGACAAGCAGGUCCAUCCUUGUUGUUUUUUUUGUCACUCAGGUUUCCAAUAGCAUUGGGCAAAAAUGUCCUUAGCUGUCCAUAUUUUCUUUUUACGCAGUUGUUAGUUAUAUUAAAGGUGCGCUCAGUCAUUUUUUGUUUUUGUUUCCCUGGCUAAUAUGGCAGUUGUCUUGGACCUAAAGUCACCAUGAAAUCAAAACUGACUUGAAUGCAAUAUUGCAGUGAUUAGAAAGGAUAUGUCUGUGCACAUCAUUAUUUUACAUGUACCCUCGUAAUCUUUUUUUAAUCAAUAUAACUUCCCUUCUCCCUCGCAAGUGUAAUGGAGGACAGGCUUUUGUUACCUUUUGUUUUGUUGAUAUUAUUACUGUUAUUUUGGUGGACCUGCUAUACAAGGGCUAUAUAGUCCAAUAUAGCAUAAUAUUCCAAUGCGUAAUCGUUUAGGAGGCAAGUGAUUAACAGUUAUUGGCCAGUGCAUGACCACCGCUCAGUUAGUAAACACUGUUAGUCCUUUAUGAUCCAAAGUGCAACCAUUUUAUUGCUUUAUUCAAUUUACCUGCAAAAAGUUUGUGGUCGGUAAGAUUUUAAUGUUUUUUCUAAGAAGUCUCCUAUGGCUUGAUUACCUACCCACCCCAAACGUUUGAACGGUAGUGUAUUUAUUUUAAAACUUAUGUUUAAUGUG